AUGGUUUUAAAGGGUCAUAAAAAUCUUAUUAGUACUAAUUUCAGAUCAACAGUAUCUAUUGUUAAGAAGUCUAAAGCAACGGAUGUUUCGACGUCGACCGCUCCUACAUCUGAGAAAGAAGACAAGAAACCAGGGAAUGCCACUGUAAUCCGUAUCAUAAUUGGAGUUACCAACCUCAUCUUUCUGAUUAUCCUUAUUUUCUGGGGUCUCGCUUUGUGCACAGGGCUUCACAUUGCAGACGUGGCAUUUAUCAAUAACAUGUUUAUGGGUUGA